CAACUCCCAGCUUCGGAUUCCCGAAAAACCCUAGUUUUCGAACCACAAAUAUUCAGAAUUCCGAAUCUGGCGAUGGUCCUCAACAAGAGAUCGCGUACUCCGAGCUCAGCCAGCGAGCAGACAGAGUCUCCGGAGAUAUUGGAAGGCGCCGUCGCCGUCCCGUCGCCGGAGAUAGGGAGAGGACAGUUGCAGUCCACCGUUCUGUCGCUGGAGCAGUGUUGGUUCUGCACUAAGAAGCUGAGUCCGGAGGAAGACAUCUUCAUGUACGGCGACUUGGCGUUCUGUUCAAAGCAAUGCAGGGAACGACAGAGAAUAAGCGAUAGGUCUGUGAGAUUGAGAGAAGAAGCGCGUAAGAAGAAGGGGAAAACAUGCAGCGGCGGGGUCAUGGAGUCAGAAGACUGCACCAUAACCACUGAAAGCCUCACAAGGCUCAGACCCUCCCAGUUUCACAAGUGAAGAUCCUAGUCAAUGUUUUCUCUUUUCUAAAUCGGUGCUUGACCAUUUUUUGUUCUUGAGAUGGGCUUGCACUCUCUGUUGUCAGCAAUAUAUAUACACACACAGAGACACACUUGAACAGUUUGGUUUUCUGUAAAGACAUAUUCUUUCUUUGCUUCCAGAA